AUGCACUUCACAUUGACCGCAUUUGCGGCAUCUAGCCUGCUUCUCGCCAGUUCGGCUGCUUCCAAGGCGUCCAAUUUUGGGAAUCACCUCAAUCGACGAGCCGGUGCGACCUUGGUCGGCUGCUACAGCAGCAGCGACGGCAUGGGCAACCAGACCUCGUAUACUUUCCAAAGUUCUGGAUGGUGUUAUGAUCGAUGCAGUAACUCUCCAUACAACGCACCUGCGUUUGCUUUGACGGCGGGUUCUGAUUGCCUGUGUGGCAAUGAGUUCCCCGCGACAUCCGAUAAAGUGGACAGCAGCAAGUGCAACAAGCCUUGUGAUGGCUGGCCGGAAGAUAUGUGCGGUGGAAGUGGUUUCUUCUCAGUGUAUACAACUGGUCUGGAAGCCAAUGUUCCCAGCUACUCCGACUCCGACUCCGACUCCGACUCCACAACUACGACUGCUAGCAGCACUGAGACGAAUACCGCUACUACAAAGACCAGCGGGGCAACUACUUCUGUUUCGACUGACGCCAAUGGAGCGACAACCGUCGUGACUGCCACCAGCGCGCCUCUGCCAAGUAGCUCAGAUAAUAUCGCGGCUGAGACGAAGAGCACUCACAACACAGCCGCAAUUGCUGCUGGUGUUGUGGUUGGCGUGGUCGGCUUAGCCGCCUUGGCAGGUGCGGUCUGGUUCUUCUACCACUCCAAGAAGCAAAAGGCCGAAGGAUUCCGCGGUACCGCCGGCGCCUACGUACGUGAAUCGCAGCCUCCAUCCAUGACGGAUUCACGAUUCGACGGUGGCUAUAUGGCCCAGCGCCGCCAAAGCAAUGGCAGCAUCGAUGAUGACCACGACUUCUCUCGCCGCAUCUUGCAGGUGACCAACCCCGACGCAGGUCGCUACCACUAA